CAGAGAACUUGCUGGACCUGUCUGACCAGCCUCAGCACAGAGUACAAAAAGAGGAACUUUAUCUGUCUGUGUAGUGUGAGUUUGAAGGUGCUGCACCAGAAAUGGAUCCCAGUGACAAAGUGAGAAGAUGUCAUUCAAAUCCACAGGAAGGAGAUGUAUCAUCCAUCUUCAAGUUACUAGAGGAAAAAGCUCACAAGUUUCUGAAUGAUGAGCUGAAGAGAUUAAAAAGGUACCUAGAGCAGAAUGACCCGGAAUGCUCUGAGCCUCAGCUGGAGGAGGACAAUGACCAGAACAGUGAUGGUCAGAUGCAGAAGACCUGUGGUAGAGAGGGAGCUCUGAAGAUCACACUGUACAUCCUGAGGACCAUGGAGCAAAAUGAUCUUGCUGACAUGCUGGAGAAGAAACCUCUGUUGCAAUGUCAGCACAGAAUUAAAUGUAACCUGAAGAAGAAAUUUGAGUGUGUAUUUGAAGGGAAAGCUAAGGAAGGACAGCCAACACUUCUCAGUGAGAUUUACACAGAACUCUACAUAACUGAAGGUUGGACUGGAGGAGUCAAUGAUGAACAUGAAGUGAGACAGAUUGAAACAGCAUCCAAGAAAAGGAAAACAGAAGAUACUGUUACAGUCAAGUGUAAUGAUAUAUUUAAACCCUUAUGUGGGAGUAAGACACUUAUCAGAACUGUACUCACUAAAGGGGUUGCAGGUAUUGGGAAAACGGUCUCUGUGCAGAAAUUUAUUCUUGACUGGGCAGCAGGAAAAGCAAACCAGGAUGUUCACUUCAUAUUUGCUCUUCCUUUCCGGGACCUGAAUUUGAUUAAGGAGGAAUACAGUCUGAUUGAACUGCUUCACCACUUUGUCCCAGAACUGAAAUCAUUUGAAUCCAUGGAUCUGUCUAGGUACAAAGUCUUGUUCAUCUUUGAUGGUCUGGAUGAGUGUCGCCUUCCACUAGAUUUUCAGAAUAAUGAGAGCUGGUUUGAUAUAACAAAGAAAACGUCACUGGAUGUGCUGUUGACUAAUCUCAUUAAGGGGAAUCUGCUUGGAUCUGCUCUCCUCUGGGUAACAUCCCGCCCAGCAGCAACCAAUCAGAUACCUCCUGAGUGCGUCCACCAGGUGACAGAGAUACAAGGGUUCAGUGAUGCCCAGAAAGAGGAGUAUUUCAGGAGGAGAUUUAGUGAUCAGAGCCUGGCUAGCAGGAUUAUCACACAUGUGAAAUCAUCAAGGAGCCUCUUCAUUUUGUGCCAAAUACCAGUGUUCUGCUGGAUUUCAGCCACUGUUCUUGAGAGGCUUAUUAUUGAGACGGACAGUGGAGAAAUUCCAAGGACUCUGACUGAAAUGUACACACACUUCCUGAUCUUUCAGACAAGUUUUAAAAAUGACAAGUAUACUGAGCUUAAAUGCUCUCAGUCCAGAAUGGGAUUCCUUUUAGAACUUGGUAAACUGGCUUUUCAUAACCUUGAAAAAGGGAAUCUCAUAUUUUAUGAGCAGGAUCUGAGAGAGAAUGACACCGACAUCAGUGAAGCUUCAGUUUACUCUGGAAUGUGCACAGGUGUCUUUAAAGAGGAAUAUGGGUUGUAUCAGAAGAAGGUGUACUGCUUUGUGCAUCUGAGCAUCCAGGAGUAUCUCGCUGCUUUAUACGUAUUUCUAUCAAACACAUCAGCUGACGUGCUGAACACUGCAGUGGAUGAAGCAUUAAACAGCAAGAAUGCACACUUGGACUUCUACCUCCGCUUCCUCCUGGGCCUCUCAACAGACUCCAGUCAGAAUCUGUUACAGAGGCUUCUAGGACAGACAAGAACCAGCUCACAUGCCAUUAAGAAAGUAACAAAAUACAUCAAAGACAAAAUACAGGAGAAUUUAUCUCCAGAAAGGACCAUCAACCUGUUCCACUGUCUGAAUGAACUGGAUGACAAGUCUUUAGUAGAGGAAGUACAAAGAUACCUGACUUCAGGACAUCUGUCAGUAGAACACCUCUCAUCUGCACAGUAUUCGGCUUUGGCCUUUGUGGUACUGAUGUCAGAUAAUGAGCUGGAUGUGUUUGAUCUGAAGAAAUUCAUCAGAUCAGAUGAAGAGCAUUGGAUGCUGCUGCCUGUGAUCAAGACAUCUAGGACAGCUCUGCUGAACAGCUGCUAUCUCACAGAGAAAUGCUGUGAGGUGUUGGCUUCAGGUCUCAGAUCAGAUUCCUCAUGCCUGAGAGAGCUGGACCUGAGUGACAAUGACCUGCAGGAUUCUGGAGUGAAGCUGCUCUCUGCUGGUCUGGGGGAUUCACACUGUAAACUGGAGAUACUGAGGCUGUCCGGCUGUAGAGUCACAGAAGAAGGUUGUUCUUCCUUGGCUUCAGCUCUGAGGUCAAACCCCUCACACCUGAGGGAGCUGGACCUGAGUGACAAUGACCUGCAAGAUUCAGGGGUGAAGCUGCUGUCUGGCGGACUGGGGGAUUCACACUGUAAACUGGAGAUACUGAGGUUGUCAGGCUGUAGAGUCACAGAGGGAGGCUGUUCUUCCCUGGCUUCAGCUCUGAGGUCGAAUCUCUCACACCUGAGAGAGCUGGACCUGAGCUACAAUCACCCAGGAGACUCAGGAGUGAAGUUGCUCUCUGCUGUACUGGAGGAUCCCAGUUGUGAACUGGAGAAAAUGAAUAUAGAACACAGUGGAGAGUCCUGGACCAGACCAGGGUUACAGAAAUACCUCUGCCAGCUGACACUGGAUCCCAAUACAGCACACAAUGGGCUUUCUCUGUCAGAGGGGAACAGGAAGGUGACACAUGGGGAAGAGCAGCCAUACCCUGACCAUCCAGAAAGAUUUGAUGACAUUAGCUACCAAGUUCUGUGCAGAGAGAGUCUGACUAGUCGCUGUUACUGGGAGGCUGAGUGGGAUGGAUUCAACGUCUGGAUAGGAGUGACUUAUAAAGGAAUUGGGAGGAAAGGAGGGAGUGAUGAUUGUCGGCUUGGAGCCAAUGACAAGUCAUGGGUUCUGAGCUGCGAUCGUUGCAGUUACUCUUUCUGGCACGAUUACAGAUCGAUUCACAUACCCAUAGAUCCCUCAGGUUCCCGUAGAGUAGGAGUAUAUCUAGACUGGGAAGCUGGUACUCUGUCCUUCUACAGAGUCUCCUCUAAUGGACUGACCCUCCUGUACAGGGUCAUCUCCUCAUUCACUGAACCCCUUUGUCCAGGGUUUGGGAUUCAUAGAGACUGCUCAGUGUCGCUGUGCAUGCUGGGAUAGCUAACUGUGUGCUAGAGGAAUCAUUCUUUCUGUAUCAUAGUGUGUCAUGUUGCUGGUUAUCCCUGGUAAAUCUCUGCUUUUUAACCAGUAUAAUCGUUUUUACUCUGAAAUGCGAUGUGUUUGACAAAAUACAUGACGAUGUUUGGCAAGCUGAACAAAUUUCUAAAAAAAUCGUUUUUCUCUCUGACUCAAAUAAAAUUUAAUGUAAUCCUGAUGAUUAGGGGGGCUUUCCCCCUCCCCUGUGUAUGUACAUUUCAUAAAUUUAUGUCUAUAUAUUGUAUGUAUUUGCUGUUUGUACAAUGACAAUUAACACUUUCUAUUCUGUUAAUGUCCUGGUUCAGAGGUGCACAAAGCAUAAAGGAGUAACAUAAUUAAACAGCACUCUCUGGUGAAUCAAAUAAAUUCACUUUAUUACUACAUAUGACUGUUUGGCCUGAUAAAAAUUAUUCUAAAAUAAAAGUACAAUAACUAAAAUUUGGCGAAGUUAUAUAAAAAAAAUCCUUUUUAGCUUCGCUACAUGAGCAUAUUUAAGAACUAUGGCAAUGGACAUAGUUAAAGAAUUGGUUUGCUAUUCUGAUUGCAGAAUUUUAAAUUUUUUGCUAAAAAAUAGCUUUAUGAUUUCACAACAUGUUUCACCAUUAAUGAUGUCCUCAUGUGAUUCCAAAUUGCAAAAAAAAAAACAUAGCAUAUAUUCUCUUUUUUGGUUCCUGAUUUACUUUACAUUUUAGUUUGAGUUUUGUUUUUUAAUCCACACAUUUGAGGAAUAAGAUUAUCAGCUGCAAUGUGGCCCACAAUACACUCACACUGGCAUUGUAGCGAUAAAGAUACACCACUGAAAACAAUGGAAAUGUGGUUUCUUACUCUGACAUCCAUCUCCUUCCUCUGGUGACAAGCUUCACAUACCAUAGUGCUCCCUCUUCUGGCAGCUUCUCUUCCCCCUAUUCAUCUGGGGCUGGAGCUAUAAGAUCUUCAUGGUUGAGCCUGCAAGGGGGGAGGAAUCGAUCCUGAGGCAGCCACCAUGCUGGCUCCCACUCCGCUUCGCUGUGUCAUUGUCUUUUUCUUUUAUGUUUUCUCCUGUUUGUGUUCAUUGUUAAUAAAUUACCCCUUGACAAUCACCCAUCCUGGUGUAGGAGCCAUGUCGUAGCAAUAUUAUUCAAUUCAAUUCAAUUUUAUUUGAAUAGCACAUUUUCACAGCAUUACAUUGUCUCAAAGCACUUUACUUUAUCUCUGCCCAAAGUCCCCAGUGCGCAAGCCAGAUGUGACAAUGGCAAGGAAAAACUCCCUAGAAAGAAGAAAUCUUAGGAGGAACCAGAUUCAAAAGGGGAGCCCAUCCUCCAGGGGGCAGCAGAGGAAGCCCUAACCCUAACCAGACUUAAAAGGGGAGCCCAUCCUCCAGGGGGCAGCAGAGAAAGUCAAAUGAACAAGAUGGCGAAAUCCUAUUUUGUUAUCCUUGACAUAGAUUCAAACAGGAAUUUAGGAUUGUUUCUGUUCUCUUCUGUUAGUAUGGUGAGAUACACAGACCUAGCAGUCACUAGUGCUUGUCCAGGCAGAUCUGAAAACUUCUAGUUUGGUUGAGGCCAUUGGCACUCUUGUUUAAGUUCACACGUACGAUCAGAGUACCAGGGGGCAGGUUUCUUAUCCCUAUGUUUUAUUUUCUUGAGUGGUGCUACAUGAUCAAGAGUGGUACGAAAUGAUUCUACCAUGUUCACGGUUACCUGUUCAAGUUCAUUUUCGCAUGAGGUUUCAGGUGUAAGGUUAAAGGGCUAUGAAAGUUGGUCAAGAAAGGUUGCAGUGGAUAAUCAGGCUAUGGAACAACUUUUCCUGUAUUUCGGAGCUGGGGCCAAAGGGUGGCUAUAUUUUACAGACACUGCUCACUUAAUGACCUACCUGUUUAAUGACUGCAUGGAGCUCUCCAACUAGUCGGUAUUGUACACUGUAUGAGAACUUUGGCCAUGGAAAUGGCAGCGUUGUAUCUCAGCGUCAAGCAAGUUACACUGACAUGUAGAUCACUUGUAAAGACCGUUACUUGUAAUGCCUUUUAAUGAAGUUCAUUAAAGGAAGCGGAAAGUACA